CACACAAACGCCUACACAUGAGUGUAAUCGGGAGAUUAAAUAAUAGAGGAGUUCAAAAGCUGGGAUCCACCCUCUUGGUGUUCUACGAAGCAUGGCUUGAUCCCGUUAUUGGAUUGCCCACGGCCCGAGACGUUAUGACAGACGACUAAGCCAGACGACACAUCAUGGAGGACAGCGCCACACGGAGGCAGCCCCCGCCCGAUGGUGGCUGGGGGUGGGUCGUAGUGCUGGGGUUUUUUGGCAGCACGUUUGUAAUGGUAGGGAUUGCCAAGUCGUUCGGAAUCAUUCUACAGGAACUGGUGGUGUACUUCGACACAAACGUCGCCACGGUAGCCGGAGUGAUGGGAGUAGAGGGCAUAGUCUUCACCAUUACAGCUCCUUUUUGCCUGGCGUUUGGACAACAUUUCUCCCAGCGGAUGGUGGUGAUGGUUGGCGGGAUCGUGGGAGGAGUGGGCUUGGCACUGUGUUAUUUCAUGAUCAGUAUAGAAUACAUCAUAUGUGUGCUUGGCAUAACAGUUGGUUUCGCCAAUGCCUGUCUGUUCGGGAAUGGUCUAGUCAUUGUAGGGCUGUACUUCGAGAAGCGUCGAUCAUUGGCCACGGCCUUGGCCCUAACAGGAGCCAGUGUCGGCCAUUUCGCCAUCCCUCCUAUACUACAGAUACUAUUGGAUAAUUACGGACUACAUGGAACAUUUCUCUUUCAAGGUGGAUUCUACUUAAAUGUUGCAUUCUUUGGGUCGCUAUACAGACCCAUUGCAGUAGGACACAAGACAAGGCAAACUACUGAGACCGAAAACGAGGCGAUGUUGACGACUAAGUCAGACGAAUCUCCUCGAAAAAGAUUUCUGAAAGAAAACACGGAUUUUUCUCAAUCUCACCACAUGCUAAACACACUACCAGACACAUUGAAGAAACCGAGAAUGUCUCUUAGUACUAAUGACAUCACCUUGGACAUGAAACUUGACGUUAGCAAGAAGGCCAACCGGUUCGCGUACCUGUCUUCCGCCGGAAGUCAGAUGAUGGGCUCUGUAGAGAGCCUUGGUGUCAUGGUGAUGGCGAAAAUACACAAGGAGAAUAUACAAAAAAUAUUACACAUCGUUUGUACGUACACUAGAGUACGUUGUGUACAUAUAUUGCUUUGUUUAACAUUUAUAUAUCUAUUGUCAUCAGCUCCUUUUUGCCUGGCGUUUGGACAACAUUUCUCCCAGCGGAUGGUGGUGAUGGUUGGCGGGAUCGUGGGAGGAGUGGGCUUGGCACUGUGUUAUUUCAUGAUCAGUAUAGAAUACAUCAUAUGUGUGCUUGGCAUAACAGUUGGUUUCGCCAAUGCCUGUCUGUUCGGGAAUGGUCUAGUCAUUGUAGGGCUGUACUUCGAGAAGCGUCGAUCAUUGGCCACGGCCUUGGCCCUAACAGGAGCCAGUGUCGGCCAUUUCGCCAUCCCUCCUAUACUACAGAUACUAUUGGAUAAUUACGGACUACAUGGAACAUUUCUCUUUCAAGGUGGAUUCUACUUAAAUGUUGCAUUCUUUGGGUCGCUAUACAGACCCAUUGCAUUAGUACACAAGACAAGGCAAACUACUGAGACCGAAAACGAGGCGAUGUUGACGACUAAGUCAGACGAAUCUCCUCGAAAAAGAUUUCUGAAAGAAAACACGGAUUUUUCUCAAUCUCACCACAUGCUAAACACACUACCAGACACAUUGAAGAAACCGAGAAUGUCUCUUAGUACUAAUGACAUCACCUUGGACAUGAAACUUGACGUUAGCAAGAAGGCCAACCGGUUCGCGUACCUGUCUUCCGCCGGAAGUCAGAUGAUGGGCUCUGUAGAGAGCCUUGGUGUCAUGGUGAUGGCGGAAAAUGUUAACCCAGAUCAAAAUGAUACGGAUACGGGGAGAGACAAAAAACCGGCAAGGAAAUUAGUUUUCCCGAAGGUGUUUUAUUGGACAGUUUUCAAAAUGCCAGUUGUGAUCAUAUAUACAGUCGUUAUGUUUGUAACUUUUUACGGUUAUUUCAGUUUUGUUAUAUUCAUGCCACCAGAUGCUGUAUCACGUGGUAUGUCCAAAUUUGAGAAAACGUGGCUAGUGUCUUUUUCUGGAAUAGGGGACUUUGUCGGUCGACUUUUGAUAGGUUUGGUUGGUGACCUUGGCCUGAUGAAGAGGUAUAAAAUUAUGUCAUUAGUCUGUGCCUUGUGUGGGAUCAACAUCAUUCUGUUCGACUUCGCCACCUCGUUCUGGUGGAUGGGGACCCACGUGUUCCUGUACGGAUUAUUCGGAGGGGCGUACGUCGCUAUCAAUGCCGUGGUGCUGAUAGACUUGGUGGGAUUAGAGACGUUACCCAAGGCCCUGUCAACCGUUCUACUGUUCCAGGGGGCGGGGGCAGCUGUCGGGCAACCUAUAGAAGGUGUUAUCCGAGAUGUGACCCUGUCCUAUCACCCUAUAAACUACAUGAACGGUACAUUCCUACUGAUGGGCGCCCUCCUUCUCAUCUGCCAUCCCAUACUUCUAAAGGUGUGGGAGUCACGAAAACCCUCACUUAACGGCAAUAUCCCCAUGAUAGAUGUUACUGCGACAGAGGAGGAAGGCAGGCAGAUGGACGACUGAGGACAGACAAUAUACAGGGGAGGACGGCAGACAGAUGGCCGACUAAGGAUAGACACAUUCUACAGAGGAGGAAGGCAGACAGGUGGACGACUGAGGACAGACACAUUCUACAGGGUAGGACGGCAGACAGAUGGCCGACUAAGGAUAGACACAUCCUACAGAGGAGGAAGGCAGACAGAUGGACGACUGCGGACGGACACAAUUCACAGGGGAGGACGGCAGACAGAUGGACGACUGAAGAUAGACAUUGUACAGGGGAGGACGGCAGACAGAUGGACGACUGAGGACAGACAUAAUAUACAGGGGAGGAAGGCAGAUAGAUGGACGACUAGAACAGACACAUACAGGGGAGGACGGCAGACAGAUGGACCACUGAGGACAGUCAUAAUAUACGGCAGACAGAUGGACGACUGAGGACGGACACAUUCUGCAAGGGAGGACGGCAGACAGAUGGACGACUCAGGGCAGACAUAAUAUACAGCGGAGGACGAUAGACAGAUGGACGACUGAAGACAGACACAUUAUACUGGGGAGGACGAUAGACAGAUGGACCACUGAGGACGGACACAUUAUACAGGGGAGGACGGCAGACAGAUAGACGACUGAGGACGGACACAUUCUGCAGGGGAGGACGGCAGACAGAUGGACGACUCAGGGCAGACAUAAUAUACAGCGGAGGACGAUAGACAGAUGGACGACUGAAGACAGACACAUUAUACAGGGGAGGACGAUAGAGACAGAUGGACGGCUGAAGACAGACGCGAGAAAUGUUAUUUUUUUAGUACAUUGAAAAUCGAUAGCUAAAUUAUUAUUGGUACAAUAAAAAUGAGUUGGCGGGAAAAUCGCCAAUCUGUCCUUAUUUACGAGUAUGACCGUGAAAACGAAACAAUGAAAUGUAUCUUUUUUUAUUCAUUUAGUCAAUUUUUGAGUCACUACCUUCGCUAUUUUUUUCACAUGGCUAUGGUAGAUCCCAUUACUUUUAAUGUGUAUAUAAAUGUUUGACAAUAUCGAUAGAGUUUUAUUUUUGCUUAUAGGCAUACACUGUAUCUGUCACUGCAUGUGCAUUUUUUUAGAACUCUCGAAUAACACUUGCGGCCAAAAGUGCAGAAAGCAGAUGGAAUGUUGAUGGAAUUCCUAAUCGGCCUUAACUGUUGUUAAAGUAAAUAGGCACUAACGUUUUAAUUGUCAAUGAGAUAAAACUUGAUUAUGUUGAAUAUUAUCAAUGUUUAUAUUGUAAACCUUUAGUCACUGGAGACAUACAUGAUUUUUGUACCACGUGAUUGAUGUGUUGAUACUGUUACUGCCGACACUGUGAAGCGUGGCUGAUAUAGCUACGGAUAUCUAGUCACGUUUUAUUGAUAAACGCAAUUACUGUUAGAGUCUGAUGUCAUGAUGAAUAUAUAUAUAUAUAUAUACUACUUAUAAAUGUAUACAUUAUAUGUUAUAGAAAUUAUAUCGUGGUGUAAAAUAUUGUUAAAUGUUUUAGUAGUGUUCAUGACAAAUAAUAUAUACAAAUGUUGAGUAAGUCAAUAACAUAUUUUAUAUAUACAUAUAUAUAAUAAUAAUUUUGUUAUUAUAAUUAUCCUGUAGCUGACGUCAUACAUACUAGAGCAGAAGCUGUCCAGUUCAACCUGACUUACGGUGCUUACAUAGUUUCUGUUCGACCAGUAUUGCAUUCUUUAUUCUGCUCUAUUUUUAGUAUAUAGAGUAUUUUUGUCCAUUGUGAUAUGCAAGUUACUCGUCCAUGACUCUGGGUUAUUCGGGAUACAUCAGGGACUCUUUGGUAUCCUGCUUAAUAUCACUUUCCUUAUUCUAUGACCAGUGAUAUCCCGGUUAAUAUCACUUUCCUUAUGCUAUGACCAGUGAUAUCCGCUUAAUAUCACUUUCCUUAUUCUAUGACCAGUGAUAUCCGCUUAAUAUCACUUUCCUUAUUCUAUGACCAGUGAUAUCCGGUUAAUAUCACUUUCCUUAUUCUAUGAUCAGUGAUAUCCGGUUAAUAUCACUUUCCUUAUUCUACGAUCAGUGAUAUCCAGUUAAUAACACUUUCCUUAUUCUAUGGUCAGUGAUAUCCCGGUUAAUAUCACUUUCCUUAUUCUAUGAUCAGUGAUAUCCCGGUUAAUAUCACUUUUCUUAUUCUAUGACCAGUGAUAUCCGGUUAAUAUCACUUUCCUUAUUCUAUGAUCAGUGAUAUCCGGUUAAUAUCACUUUCCUUAUUCUACGAUCAGUGAUAUCCAGUUAAUAACACUUUCCUUAUUCUAUGGUCAGUGAUAUCCCGGUUAAUAUCACUUUCCUUAUUCUAUGACCAGUGAUAUUCCGGUUAAUAUCACUUUUCUUAUUCUAUGACCAGUGAUAUCCCGGUUAAUAUCACUUCCCAUAUUCUAUGAUCAGUGAUAUCCGGUUAAUAUCACUUUCCUUAUUCUAUGAUCAGUGAUAUCCGGUUAAUAGCACUUUCCUUAUUCUAUUAUUAGUGAUAUCCCGGUUAAUAUCAGAUUCCUUUAUUCUUUGACCAGUUAUAUCCCGGAUAAUAUCACAUUCCGUUAUUCUAUGACCAGUGCCUCAGCUUAUCCCUGACGUUACGGGUAUGUAGUCAAUCUUGUCACAAAGAGUACUUGUAACGUAAUAAACACGUGAACAUUAACCUCAUAGCUUUGAUUUUACGUUUCAUUGUUUUGACCAAAUUGUAUUUUCUUAGUCCGUACACAUUUUAUAUGAUUUCUCAGUUUGAUAAGUCACCUAAACAUUGCUUUGUUCACUCUGUAUCCCUUGUGUUAUUUUAUAAAACACCUGACCAGGCUCUUCGAAUUGAUUAUUUGUUUAUCCUCGAAUUACCCAUUAUUUGUUUGUCCUCGUGUUACCCAUUAUUUGUUUGUCCUCGUGUUACCCAUUAUCUGUUUGUCCUGGUGUUACCCAUUAUUUGUUUGUCCUCGUGUUACCCAUUAUCUGUUUGUCCCCGUGUUACCCAUUAUUUGUUUGUCCUCGUGUUACCAUUAUUUGUUUAUCCUCGUGUUACCAUUAUCUGUUUGUCCUCGUGUUACCAUUAUUUGUUUGUCCUCGUGUUACCAUUAUUUGUUUGUCCUCGUGUUACCCAUUACUUGUUUGUCCUCGUGUUACCCAUUAUUUGUUUGUCCUCGUGUUACCAUUAUCUGUUUGUCCUCGUGUUACCAAUUAUUUGUUUGUCCUCGUGUUACCCAUUAUUUGUUUGUCCUCGUGUUACCCAUUAUGUGUUUGUCCUCGUGUUACCCAUUAUCUGUUUGUCCUCAUGUUACCAUUACUUGUUGUUAAAACGACGUUUUCCUUGCGAUACACCUGGUCCGUGUUUUUUGUGUAAGUGUAUAUUCUUCCGAUACACCUGGUCCGUGUUUUCGUGUAAGUGUAUCCUCCGAUACACCUGGUCCGUGUAAGUGUAUAUAAUCCUUCCGAUACACCUGGUCCGUGUUUUCGUGUGUACAUUGUUCCUAUUUCUCUCGUUUUAUUCUGUAUAUUUUACCAGAGUUAUGAUUUAUGAUGUUAAGUGGUCUUAGAUUAUAAAACACAAAGUCAUGUUGAUUUGUCUAUGGGGUACAUGUUAUAUGGUUGAAGCCCUUUUGCAUAAUAUAAUUGUUGAGAGGACGUGUUCUAUUGUUAUUGUGAUAUACACAGUGGUGGUUGUGAUUUUCAUGUGUACAAGGUGAUGUCACUAAUGUUGUUUUUUUUCUGUUUUAUGUCUUGGUGUAUCUAUAGUAGAGUGAUAGACGUGUUUACACUAUUGUGUGUAGUGUUGAUUUUUAUAAAACUGCCGGUAGACCAGGUUAGAUUUUUUUAUGGACCAUAAAAGUGACACAAACCUCAACAGUACUUUUUAUAUUUUAUAUUGUUUAGAAUGGUAAUUUGUCAUCCUACGUUACGAUAUUUUCAGCAUUUCAUGGAUUUCAAAUUUCUAGGAAACACUCUAACAUAACGAGUAUUCAAACGAAAAGUGAAUUAAAUUCUUGACAAAGAUUUACGAGUGUGUUGAAAGGGCAGGUUAGGGUUAGAGGAAGACCAUGGGACGUAACUGGGAUGUGUGAUCUAGAUUUGUUUGGUGGGAGUCGUCAAUUUGACAUGGAUUUGUAUGGCGGGUGUCGUCGAUUUGACCUAGAUUUGUAAGGCGGGUGUCGUCGAUUUGACCUAGAUUUGUAUGGCGGGUGUCGUCGAUUUGACCUAGA